CUCCUGACCUCAUGAUCCACCCGCCUCGGCCUCCCAAAGUGCUGGGAUUACAGGAGUGAGCCACCGCGCCCGGCCAGAAGUGAAAACAAUUGUUAUUCAAAAUUAAAGCAAAGCCUGGAGUACGCUGUAGAAGGUGUCCUAUCCAUAUUUUGCAUUUCUGCAUGAUGCUACACAGACAACCUCUGACAGCCAUCCUAUUGACACUGAAGUCAUCAUGAAAUUGUUCCCUUCCUUGGCAUUUAAACUGUUUAAACUGAACAGUUAAAGGACUUUUGUGAUUCUGUUGUCAUUCGAUAUUCUUCUAUUCUUCAAUUCUCUCUUUAAUUCUCUAGCACUCAGAAACUUAUUGGAACUCCCAGUUUCAACUACAACAUGUAAACGGCUUGGAAGUCAUCACCCCUAUCCUUACAAGAAAAAGCUAGUCAAGCUGAAAAUCAGUGACUUUUAUCUUUCUGAGAACUGAAGUCACAACUGUGAAAUCUGGAGAGACGGUUGUAUCCAGAGACACAGCUGAGAUCUGUUUACUUGGAGCCCACUGGAGCCAAAACUGGGCAGAAAACUAACAGAGACCUCCAGAAGCCGACAGAAGCAAGCACAUUUCCACACUCGGGUUCCUCCUGACUCUCCUAGGUUCCAUUAGAGGAGAGUAAGUGCCAGUGUUCCGCCAACUCAGGAACAGACCAGACCCUGCAGGCACAGUGAGAAGACUCCCAGGAGAAAACUCAGGAGUAGAAAUGGAGAAAGUAAUACUUCCCACUGAAACUACCAUAAACAUCCAGAAAAUGGAGCAGGAAAACGCAGCCCAGGGAUCAGAAAAGCCCUCAGUCCAGUCAGUUAAACCUUGGAGUGACCAGGAAAUCCGGAGUUUCCUGCAAGAAUGGGAAUUUCUUGAACGUGAGGUGUACAGGGUGAAGAAGAAGUAUCACAUAGUAUCAAAAGCAAUUGCUCAGCGUCUCAAGCAGAGGGGUAUCAACAAGAGCUGGAAGGAAUGUCUCCAGAUGCUAAUAAGCUUGCAGGACUUAUACUUCACUAUUCAGGAGGCCAACCAGAGGCCAAGGUGCCAACCCUUGCCAUGUCCUUAUGGCGAGGCCCUGCACAGGAUUCUGGGGUACAGAUGGAAGAUCAGCGUCUUCUCAGGUCCUCCCUGUGCAGAUGUGGUUAACCUCGCACCUCCCGAGCACCCGCCCCAGGCCUAUGGCGUUCCCAUAGUCUUUCAGGAGCCGACGUGGGCCCCAACACCUGUGAUCUAUGUGGAAAAUCCUCAGGUACCCGGAUGGGAGCCCUGGAACAUGAAUGGUCAUGUUCCAUAUAUGUAUCCUGCUUUGCCCCCGGCAGCCCCAGGCCCCCUGACACAGUGGGCCAUCUCUACUGACUGAUCCAGGUCUUGAAGACAUUUAGAAUCCGGAUCCUGAUUCGUCAGAAAGACUGAAAAAAAGCACAAUCUGUGUGUGUUAGUAAAUGACUCCUUCCUCUCCUCACCUGGUGCAAUGAGAAUAAAUGUGAAAUAAAUGAAUGACCGUGACCUC